CAUCAUUUUUUUGUAACUAAGGUAUGUGUAGGUACUGUGAUAACAUUGCUUUAAGUACUUAAUAAACAAAAUCAUCAAGAGAGCAAAGAUAAUAUAAGAUUUAUUUAAUAUACUUGUUUUUUGUAUUAGAAAAUAUUAAUAUAUCAUGUGGGGUACAAACUAUUUCGGUUGUUUUAUUUUCUUGUUUGGAACCAGUGUCCACACUUUCGGACACAACGUCCUCAAAAAUUCCGAAGAUGUAUCUUUCGUCAUGAUCCCAACAGCUUCUGGACUAGGAUAUGACGUCACAGUAUACAAAGGCAAUGUGGACAAAAUUCACGGAACCAUCGGCGUAGAUGUUAACUUUACCGACGUUCAGUGUGAUUCAAGAGCAUGCAGCUUGAAAGAAACAAAUUUUACAGUGACCAUAAUAACAGUUUCUGAUGGAUUUCGAGUGCAGUGGUUGUCUGAUAAUAUAGAUUUUCAAUUUAAGGAUUGUUUUGAUCUUCAGAAAGGAGAAUUAAACUGGUAUGGAGGUCCAGAGAUAUACCAACAAGAAUGGCCAAUUGAAAAACUAAAUUUGAGUGGAAAUGAUCCGUAUGUUGUUAGGAAAAGUUCCAAUUUUGCUGUUCCAGAAAGGUACUGGUUAAAUUCUAACGGCGCUUAUAUAUACCACCACGAAAGAAACCCAUUGUAUAUCGACCAGAACAUAGAAGAAAAUGGUAAAAUUUGUUUUAUUGGUAAAAACACUGGUCCAUACAUUAACAGGGAACGGGCAUAUUUAACUUACUAUCUGACUGCGUUAAAUAAUCCUAAGGAAGCUCAUUUACAUGCUGUGGAAAAUUAUUUGGGAAAACCAGAAGGACAUCCAAACGAGGCAAUGAUAAGACAACCCAUAUGGACCACAUGGGCUAAGUACAAGAAAUAUAUCAAUGACAGUAUAGUCAGGACAUUUGCUUAUGACAUUUUGGAUCAUGGCUUUACAGGUCAAAUAGAAAUUGAUGAAGACUGGGAGACUUGUUUUGGUUCUCGAAUAUUCAAACCCGAGCAAUUUUCGAAUAUUACCAACGUUAUAGCAGACCUGCAUGCCAGAAAUUUACGGGUAACUCUAUGGGCUGCCCCGUUUAUCAAUCCAGAAUGUACUGAUUUGGUAAAGGAGGGCGAAGAAAAAGGAUAUUUCGUGAAAAACACUAACGACAGUAUGACAACUGUGUGGUGGGAAAGCGAAGAUGCCAGGCAAAUAGAUUUCACAAACCCACAAGCAGUAACAUGGUACACUAACAGACUAAUCAAAGUCCAAAAUGAGUCUGGCGUGGAUGGCUUCAAAUUUGAUGCAGGGGAUACAACAGAUUACGUUGCCCAGCCAGGAGUUUACAACGUUGAAGACCAGGAAUUGGUACCGAAUGUUUUCACACAAAACUAUAUCGAAACAGUGUCACAAUUUGGUGAUCUGAUAGAAGUCAGAUCAGCUUUUAGAACUACUAAAUAUCCCUUCUUUCUGAGAAUGAUCGACAAGGAUUCUGUAUGGGGUCUAGACGAUGGUUUGCAAUCUUUGGUUACCACGUUAUUACAGUUAAAUAUGGUUGGAUAUCCUAUGGUGCUUCCUGAUAUGAUUGGUGGAAAUGGAUAUCGAGCUCAACCAACCCUGGAACUCCUAAUAAGAUGGACGCAAGCCACUGUUUUUAUGCCUGCCAUGCAGUUCAGCUAUCUUCCGUGGGAUUUUGCCGAAAAUGACGAACUGAACGCCACAGAAAUUGUAAGAAAUAUGGUACUACUUCACGAAAAGUACUCCCCAGAUAUUCUUUCCGCUAUGGAACGUUCCAUAUCAGACGGUGUACCAACUAAUCCACCCAUAUGGUGGAUAGAUCCCACAGAUAAAACAGCCUUGGAAAACUUCGAUGAAUUUUUGUUAGGCGAAAAUAUCUUGGUUGCUCCAGUAAUGGUAGAAGGAACAACAUCCAGAGAAGUGUAUUUACCCAAUGGGACAUGGAUUGAUGGUAACGAUAAUGAAACAACCUAUAAUGGUCCUGUAUCUCUGACAUAUCAAGCUCCUAUUGAUGUCUUACCAUACUUCAUCAAGCAGUAAUAGUUGUUUAUCAAUAAUAUAACUGUAAUAAUAAAAGUAUAAAAAAUA